AUUUAAUUACGAUAAAAAGACAUAUUGGUUUUAAUAAAAUUUAGUUAUGUGUUGUUCGUAAAAGAAGAAGAUGAAGCUGCUACUUGUGAUUAUUCUAAUAUUCAUCUUGUACGACUUUGUGAUUGGAAAGUCUAUCGUGAAACGACAAUGUAAUUCCUGCUGUAAUGAAUGUACCUCCAACUGUAAUAACUGCCAGUCGAAUUGUAACAACUGCCAGUCGAAUUGCAACAACUGUCAGAACUGUGGUAACAGUUGCAAAGAAUGCUCAUCCAGAAAUUGCGAAUCGAAUGAUACCGAACCAGCACCAGUCUUAGUGCCUUUUCCGCCUGCACAAAUAUCCCAACAACCCAGUUCUUCAACAAAUAAUACCAAUAAUAACUAUUACAAUUUUACAGCAGAUAUAACUCUGACGAAUACUAUUAAUACAGUAAAUAAUAUAUCCAUUCCUAUUCACAUUAACAGCACAAAUGAAAAUAAAAUAUUUAUAUAUCCUAGUGCAAGCAAUUCCUCAGUCACUCCUGUAGUAAAUGACAAAUGUUGCAUUGUGGUAUAUCCAAGAACAUGUGACGUAAGCGGAUGUUACGUUAGGAGACAAAGAGAAUGCUCAUCGAUAUGUACAUCAGAUGUUAUAAUAAUACCAGGUUAG